AUGUACUCCGCCAAUUAUGGGUUUGGCAAUCCGCCCUUUAAUCCCGCGGCAUCCCAACAGCAGCAGCAACAGCCGCAUCAACAUCAGCAGCAGCAGCAACACCAGCAGCAGCAGCAACACCAGCAGCAGCAGCAACACCAGCAGCAGCAGCAACACCAGCAGCAUCAGCAUCAGCAGCAUCAGCAGCCACAUCCUCAGCCCCAGUCUCGCCCGCCUUCCGGGCCGCAGCCUGGGCAGCAGAUGAUGUACAACCAGCAGCAGCACCAGCAGCAACAGCAGCAGCAACAGCAGCAGCAACAGCAGCAGCAGUACGCCGGCAUCGCUCCCCAGGGCGGCUUCAACCCGGGGACCAAUCCCCAGAUUAUGCAGGGCAUGCCUGCGAGCAUGAUGCAGAGCCCGGGCAUGCCCAACAUGGCUGCCAAUGGCCAGAUGUCUGGCUACCCACAGCAGUUUCCCGGGGGUCCCUACGGCCAGAUGAUGCCGCAGUCGGUCGGUCACCAAAACUUCGCCUCCAACAAUUACAUGAUGGCCGGCGGCAUGCAGGGCUUCCCCAUGAACCAGGGCGGCAUGCCCCAGCAACAAGCCCAUAUGAUGCAGCGCAUGCAGCAGGCGCAAGCCCAGGCGCAAGCUCAGGCCCAGGCCCAGGCCCAGGCACAAGCCCAAGCACAGGCCCAGGCACAAGCUCAGGCUCAGGCACAGGCCCAGGCUCAAGCCCAGGCACAGCAAGCGAAUCCCGCCAUGAAUCCGGCUUCGACUCCGCAGCGACCCCCGAGCGCGCCCCAUGGCACCCCGAACAACCCCAUGGCCGGCCAGCAAGGCCAGUUCUCUACACCGCAGCCCCCGCCGCAGAACUUGACCCCCAGCAGUGGCCCCCAGCAGCACUCGGGGGGUGCGGCCACUCCGCAGACGCCGACCUUUUCCGUGAACCACGGCGGCGGCGUGAGCCUGCCCCCCUCGGUCGCGCCGAUGAGCCCGGCGGCGGAAUCUCGGGAAAAGGAGCGGUUCGCACUGCUGCUGGACAUCAAUCAUGAGCUGCUGUACGAGUCAAUACAGAUACAGACGACGCAGCAGGAGCUCAAGAAGGAGCAUGCUGCCGCGGGCGGGAACCCGGCCGAGAGAAAGCCGACCGAGGAGGAAAACCUGUUCCAACAGGACUAUCUUCAGUGCAUGCGGCGGCUGCAGGCCAAUCUCUCCUACAUGGCGGCCUUGGCGGAUCGCAAACCGGAUGUCAAGGCCCCUCCGUGCCCGGCCUACCUGACCCCCCCUCCGCUGAACCUCACUCUCAGACCGCGGGCGCAGCCGAUCGGCGCCGAGGGCACAGACGUCAACGUGGACUCGAUGGCGGACAGGGCGGAGCGAGACAAGUCGAUUCGAGAGCUGUAUCGCCGGCUUCAGGGCGUCUUCCCCGGCUUUGAUGCCAAGAAGGAGCCGGCGUUUGGGAGGUUGGGGGCAGGCCAGAAGCCCGGCUCGCUUGGAGGGCCGAACCAGAUCAGCCCGACGGUGCAGCAGGCUCCUCAGAUGCCCAACAUGCCGGCGCCGCCGCCCCAUCUAGGCGGCAUGUGA